UCUCUCUCUAAAAUCUCAGUCUCUGGAGAUAUCUACAGACUUGUACCUGAGAUGGUUCAAAUGGAGUCCUCACGCUCAGCCAAGAGGCUGUGGCGCAUAGUGAGGGUGGUGCUCUACAUGAUCCGGAAGAGCUUCUUCAUGCAUAAGCUCAUGAUGGAUCUACACCUCCUUCUCAAGCGCGGCAAGAUCGCCAGUAAAGCCCUCGUUAACCUCGUGACCUUCCACCAUCAGCACCACCACUCUGGCGCCACAGUCACGUACUCGGGGUUCUCGUGCCGGUCCAUGGACCCUGACCGCUCCUUCUACAGCCCCAAGGAGGUGCAGUUCAGCUGCAGCGGCACCCCUUCCUUCCCUUCCCUCCAUGCCAUCAAGCGAAGGAGCCGCCACCGCCGCUACGACUACGACUACGAUGCGGCGGCGAUGGCCAAGGCAUUUGAGAUACUGGAGUACUCCGAGCCGUGGGAUGCUGAGCCGGUCAUGGCGUCGCCAUCACCAGCCCCAAUGGUGUGGGACUUGGGAAGUAGCCCGGCGGGGGUGCGACAAUUAAGGAUUACCGACUCACCAUUCCCACUGAAGGAGGAGGAAGAGGAGGAAGCAGGCGGGCGUAUCGACCAGGAGGCGGAGCAGUUCAUCAAGCGGUUCUACGAGCAGCUUCGUCUUCAGCAGAUGUUUCCGGAGACGCCAGAAUACGGUCACCGCCGCCAUGAAUCGUUGAUGGGACGAGCCUGACAUGUUCUUCUUGAUAUGAUAUCUAAGAUCAGAAUGCAGCAUUCCAUUUGAUGAGUGAUUGAUUACUUAGUAGCUAUUAUUACAGCAUAAAAAGUGUAUUCUGUAUUCUGUAUUUUACUAUAUUGUCUAUAGUGUUACUUCCUAUCUCUUUAA